GUAGAAACACCAACAAACUCCAAAAUCCUAAAGAUGGGAACAAAGGCAAAAAUGGCUUCUUCUCUCACCACCACUUUGGUGGUGGCAGCUCUUGCCAUCUUCUUGCCGGCAAUAGCCAAUGCUAACUACUACUACACUUCUCCUCCACCACCAUACCACUACUCAUCCCCGCCACCGCCGGUGCACUCUCCCCCACCACCAUACCACUACUCGUCCCCACCGCCACCAGUGCACUCUCCCCCGCCUCCUUACCACUACUCGUCCCCGCCACCGCCAGUGCACUCCCCUCCACCUCCAUACCACUACUCAUCCCCACCGCCACCUAAGCACCCUUACGUGUACAAGUCACCACCACCACCAACACCCGUGUACAAGUACAAAUCUCCUCCCCCACCAACACCCGUGUACAAGUACAAAUCACCACCACCCCCAACUCCGGUGUACAAAUACAAAUCACCACCACCACCAACCCCAGUUUACAAGUACAAGUCACCCCCACCCCCAACCCCGGUGUACAAGUACAAGUCUCCUCCUCCCCCAACUCCAGUCUACAAGUACAAGUCCCCUCCUCCACCAACACCCGUCUACAAGUACAAGUCACCCCCACCCCCAACCCCGGUGUACAAGUACAAGUCUCCUCCUCCCCCAACUCCAGUCUACAAGUACAAGUCCCCUCCUCCACCAACCCCAGUUUACAAGUACAAGUCACCCCCACCCCCAACCCCGGUGUACAAGUACAAGUCUCCUCCUCCCCCAACUCCAGUCUACAAGUACAAGUCCCCUCCUCCACCAACACCCGUCUACAAGUACAAGUCACCCCCACCCCCAACCCCAGUGUACAAAUACAAGUCUCCUCCUCCACCAACUCCAGUUUACAAGUACAAAUCACCACCACCACCAACACCUGUAUACAAAUACAAGUCACCACCACCGCCAACCCCGGUCUACAAGUACAAAUCUCCUCCUCCGCCGGAGCACAAGCCAUACUACUACUCAUCUCCACCUCCUCCUCACCACUACUGAUCAGCGCAUUUCCAAUGAAAUGGGAAUGUCUGAAUAAGACAACGUGGCUGUGGACUGAAAGAGAUGGAUCCAUGCAUGAGGAGAAGAAAAAUUAAAUGAGGAAAAUUAUAUUAUUAGAAAAUAAGCCAAAGGCAGACGCUCUUUCCAGAUUUUAUUUUGUGUGUUUGUUUGAUGUUUAGCGCAAAAUGUUCCCAUCUUUCUGUAAUUUCAUAUUUUGCUAUAUUGUUCAUCAAUUCUAUAAAAGGUGUUCCUUUUCUACU